AGUGCUGCGCGUCCAUGUCAAGUUUUCGAGAUGUACGAGAUUUUGAUUCGGUAAUAAGGGAUCAAUAUAAAAUAAAAAUGUGAAUUCUCUACAUUUUGGAACAUGUGUUAAUGUGAAUGUGUUUGAAUAUCAAUAACGUUACUGUGAUCCUUCACUUCUAAGAACAUCCGACCAUCACUUAUCGCACUGUGAACACUUGAAGUACAUUGCCAUACAGAAAUGACGGGACAAUCCUUUAUCUUGGACAAAGUGAAGUGUUAGCCAUAAUAGCCAGGACCCGUUUUGUGUCAUUAUGUAGUGGGAACGUUGUGAUUUUAUUACGUUUAUUUUGAUAAAUAUAGUAUUUACCACUUUGAUUAGUUAUUGUUAUGUCGUCGAGAUGAUGUGGGUUUGCGCAGCGGUGGCGGCCGCCGUAAUCGCCGCUUUCAGUGUCCGAGGCGAGCAAGUAAUGCUUCUGGACACCACGACUGAACAGACUUUGGGAUGGACACGGUAUCCGUACGGUCCACAAGCAAGUACACCUGGCUGGCUAGAAGAAUCAUAUACUAAUUUUGAGAAAAAUAUUAACUGGCGAUCGUACGUCGUUUGCGAUGUUGCGCACCAUAAUGUCAAUAAUUGGUUAUGGACACCAUUCAUAGAGCGAAGAAAUGCAAACCGUAUUUAUAUUGAGAUCAAAUUCACUAUCCGUGAUUGUUCACUUUUCCCUGGCAAUGCACUAAGUUGUAAAGAAACAUUCAGUUUAUUGUACUAUGAGUUUGAUGUAGCAACUAGAGAACAACCACCAUGGGAACCUGACAGUUAUAAAUUAGUUGGCCGCAUUGCUGCUGGUGAAGGAAGAUUCAAUACCAAUUCAGAGGUUGAUAUAAACACAGAAGUGAAGAGUAUAGCAGUAACUAAACGUGGAGUAUUUAUUGCAUUUAGAGAUCAGGGUGCAUGUAUUUCUAUUCUGGCUGUGAAAGUGUAUUACAUAACUUGCCCAGAAGUGACUAUAAAUUUUGCAAAGUUCCCUGCCACCCCGACAGGCCGUGAGGUGACUGUUAUUGAACAAGCAAAUGGCACAUGUGUAGAACAUUCAGAAACUGCCCAGGGAGAAGCACCACCAGUUUAUCUGUGCAAAGGUGAUGGAAAAUGGACUCUACCAAGUGGUUCAUGUAAAUGUCGCGCAGGAUAUGAACCUGAUCUCAAUAACCAAAUUUGUAAUGAAUGUACACCAGGAAAAUUUAAAUCGCACACAGGGGAUGAACCUUGCAUUCCAUGUCCUGAUUAUUCUGAAUCCACAGCAUAUGCUUCAGAUGAAUGUAAAUGUGUACCUGGAUUUUUCAGAGCAAAGAAAGAUCCUAAGAAUGUCCCUUGUACACAACCACCUUCAGCACCAGAUAAUUUAACUGUUACCUUCGCUGACCAAUUUUCAAUAUCACUUGCCUGGCAACCGCCUCAUAAGACUGGUGGCAGAAGUGAUGUCACCUACAAAGUGCAUUGUUCUAAUUGUGGGCCCAGUGUGGAAUAUAGACCUGCUGCAUUUGGCCUGAAUGCAACUAGAGUAACUAUAAUGGGAUUAGACCCUGUAACAGAGUACAAGUUUCAGGUGUAUGCUCUCAAUGGUGUGACUGAUCUAACAGGUGAACCUCCAAAGAAGGUAGAGAUAACAGCUGUAACUGAGGCAUCUGUUGUAAGUGUUAUUACUAAGUUGAGAGUUGUUAGUGCUGAAAGUGAUAAAUUAUCGCUUGCUUGGAACCCACCACCUAUAGAUCUAACUGACCCUGAUGAUAUCAUAGAAAGUUAUGAAGUUAAAUGUUUUCCAAAAGAUAAUUUAGAGAAAAGCGUGAAUGCCACAGUUCGAAUAACAAAAGAGCCUCAUGUUACUAUAAGUGGAUUAAAAAGAGAUACAGAAUAUGGUAUAAGAGUUAGAGCUAAGAUGAAAAGAGGCUGGGGUGAAUUGAGUGGUAUUAUAUAUGGGAGAACUGGAUCUGUACUUGAAACAUCAUUUGUUGGAGAGGAAGAAGGUGCACAAGUGCGAUUAGUUGCAGGGGUUAUGGUUGCAGUUGUGGUCAUUUCAGUUGUCGCAAUUAUUGCUACAGUCUUGUUUUUGCGUUCUCGUGCUGAUGAUGAGUGUGAUAAGAAACAGCCCAGCGAUUGCAAUGCGCUGAACUAUCGUAAUGGUGAAGUAUAUACUGGUCCUGAUAGGCCAGCUAAAACAAGCAGCAACGCUACCACUCCUCUCUUUGCUGGAACAGGUUCUAGAACAUAUAUUGACCCUCACACAUAUGAAGAUCCUAACCAAGCUGUUAGAGAAUUUGCUCGUGAAAUAGAUGCUUCUUGUAUAACAAUAGAAGCAAUAAUUGGUGGGGGAGAGUUUGGAGAUGUGUGUAGAGGAAAGCUAAAGUUACCUGCUAGCUGUGGGCAGGAAAUUGAUGUGGCUAUUAAAACUUUAAAACCUGGAUCUACAGAGAGAGCAAGACGGGAUUUCCUCGCUGAAGCAUCUAUAAUGGGCCAAUUUGAACACCCUAAUGUUAUAUUUUUGCAAGGUGUGGUAACAAAAUGUAAUCCAAUUAUGAUUAUUACUGAAUUCAUGGAAAAUGGCUCUUUGGAUACUUUCCUACGAGCUAAUGAUGGCAAAUUUCGUGUAUUGCAAUUGGUAGGAAUGUUACGGGGUAUUGCUACUGGUAUGCAGUAUUUGUCAGAAAUGAACUAUAUUCACAGAGAUUUAGCAGCACGUAAUGUACUCGUUAAUUCCCAACUAGUAUGCAAAAUUGCUGAUUUUGGAUUAUCCCGUGAAAUUGAAUCAACCGCAGAUGGAGCCUAUACAACACGUGGAGGGAAGAUACCAGUCCGCUGGACGGCACCGGAAGCUAUUGCUUUUAGAAAGUUUACGUCAGCAAGUGAUGUUUGGUCAAUGGGUAUAGUUUGUUGGGAGGUUAUGAGUUUUGGUGAGCGGCCAUAUUGGAAUUGGAGUAACCAGGAUGUAAUAAAAUCGAUAGAGAAAGGAUAUCGGCUUCCAGCACCAAUGGACUGCCCAGAAGCUGUUUAUCAGCUUAUGCUUGAUUGUUGGCAAAAAGAACGAACACAUCGACCCACCUUUGCGAGUAUUGUUAAGACUUUAGAUAAGCUUAUUCGUUGUCCUGAUACUUUGAGGAAAAUAGCUCAAAAUCGUUCCGCCGAUCCUCUUGCUGGUGACACACCUGACUUGAUCCAAUUCUCUUCUGUUGAAGAAUGGCUGGAGUGCAUUAAAAUGACGCGUUAUAUUGAGAAAUUUAGAGCUGCGGGCAUAACUGAUAUGAAUGCUGUUGUCGAUCUCACAGUACACCAACUGGCUUCUCUAGGAGUGACUCUCGUUGGACAUCAAAAGAAAAUCAUGAACAGUGUGCAGAGUAUGCGUGCUCAAAUACGUGUUAGUGGUCCAUAUGGUUUUCUCGUGUAAUGAAAGUGAAAAGUACUGUGCAUGAUAUGAGACAAAAACCAUUGGAUAUUGAUCUCUCAUAAAAGUGAUGAGUAAACAGUCAGUGAUUUAUAUAACAAAUGCAUUUUGUAUAUUUUUCUAAAAAUGAAACUGUCAUAAUAUGAUAAGGCAAACUAGAUAACAGUCUAUUCAUACAUACUGUUAAGUAAACUCAUUAUCAUCUCAAUGUGCAGUUUAUUUAUACUUCAAUUUACUUUCUGUGUAGUGUUUAGUUUAAGAUAAUUUCACAUGAUGUCUAAGUUUGACAGCUACUAAUUGUAAUAAUACUCAAAAGUAUGGCCUAAUUUCUAAAUUUAUUGUUUUCCUAUAGUUAUUUAUUGUAGGUUUACUAAAGUAAUGUCCUUACACUCUGUGCAACGAAAUAAGAGCCAUGAUUUAUUUUAAAAGUAAGAAAAAUUUAAAACAGUAAGUUACAUUUAUUUUUAAAUUUAUUAGUAUAACUGCCAUCAAAUUUGUUUUUUCCGGUAACUGUAUCAUCAUUUACAUUAUUCUGAAAUUCUUACAAUGUUUAAAAUUCUUGAAUUAAUACUUACUUAGUUAAUUUCUUAAAUAUAAUACAUGAGUCAUCUUUUUAAUAAUUAUUAAAGAAUUAGAUAUUUUAUAGCAACAUUCCGACUAAUGAAUACAAUUGUUUUCUAAGAUUUUUUUAAAUUAUAUUAAGUACAUAUAAUAUAUAUGUACUAUAUAUAUACAUAUAUAUGUAUUGUAGGUAGCUAAAUUUGCUCUAAUAAUUAUUUUGAUAUGAAUUGUGUUUAUUAAAGUUAAAAAAAUUAAAUAUUAAGAUAGUGUUUAGUAUAAGAUGUAAAAAAUACUCAACAAAAGUCUAUGCCAGUCAAAGGUUUAUUUAUCCUAAAUUCAUUUUUAUUAUAUUUAUAUACUGCCAAUGUGAUCAAAUUCAAGUAUGUACUUAAUUAAUUUAUAAACUUGCCACAAUAUUAUUGCAUUUAUUUAAGUUUUGGCUGCUUGUAAAUAAGGCUGAAAUGACCACAAUGUGGAACAAAUUAUGUACUUUAGUGUGAAUCCUUGCUUUAAAAUGUUAGAUAAUGGUGCUUGGUUGGUUGUACAUAAAUUUCUUAGCUGAAUUGGCACAUCUAAAAGUAAUUCUAAUAUUUUCAGAAGGUUACCCAUGGAACAAGACAGUUUACUACUUUGAGACCUAUCAAUUUAGCUUAAAGAUUUGUAACCAACUUUAUUAUAGGUACCAUUGCAUUAUAUUGUAAUUUAGUUUUUUUUAUAACUCGAGUGUUUCAUUAUGGCUGUGUAGUACAGAUCAUCUGAAAAAUAUUAUGUACAGGCACAAUGCAAAACUGAGUAGAUUCCUGCGGUAGUAAAGUGGUGCGUGAGGGGUGUGACGCGAGAGCUCAAUGACUUCUUUUUUUUCUUCUCUCUGGGCUGGUUUUCGUACUUAAACGUUUCCGUCUGUUGUGAGUCUUCACUCCAGCCAUCAAAGUUUGCUCCAGAAGCCGAGUAGACCACCCAGGUUGCCGCUCAGUGAUUUGUGAAGUUAUGACAACUGUUACCCUCCUGCACUGCUCCACCACCGCAGGAACCUCCUCAGUUAUGCGCUAUACCUUUAGUACUAGAUGAUGUUCGCAACUCUGUCUGUGUGAAUUUAGAUUUUUAAAAGUCCUAUGGGGACUCUUCAUUUUCCGGGAUAUAAGUAGCCUAGAUUAUCUUCCCCGGCAUGCAGGCUAUUUCAGUAUUUCGUCAAAAUCAGUUAAACGUGGAAAGCUAGCAGACAGAAAUUUUUACAUUUACAAUAUUAGUAUGGAUUAUAUUGAUUAUAUCAUUUAAA